GACUCGCGGCUCAGUCGCUCGCUAGCUACGAGAUUGAAUUGAUUAAUUUUAUUGUGUAUACAUCACUUUCAGACACUCGCGAGACGAAUCAAAUCGUGUCCAAGGUGAAAAGAUACUCAUUUUGUAUUUCGCAUCCUUCUUGAAUUUGUCUAACUGCUCUCUUGUAAACCUCCGAUAACCUUAAAAAGACUCGGUGAGUAAGAGACGAACAAGAGUGUCAAAGAGAGGGAGAGUGAUUCGAGUGUGCCGACUGUGAUACACUUAGCCGCGUAGAUAGCCGCUCUGUGAUAUACGCGUACAUACAUGGAUAUUUCGAUAUCUCUGGACUUUUCUCGUAUGGACACGAAAAGCUGUUAAUAGAGAUAUUCGAGCUUUUAAUAUUAAUUAAUUGUUAAUUGCGGAUCCUACUUAUGUGCAAAGAUAAAUGGAAAAUUCAUCGAAGAUAUUGGAUAUGGAUAUAUAAAUAAAUACGUACAAGAUAGUGCAAACUUCUGUACGUAAAAAGAAGACGGUGAUAAGAGGGAUACGGAGAGGGACGGAGAGAAAUAGAGAAGAGUAGCGGAAGAAAAGAUACACGUGCGCGUGGUCGGUAUCUCGAGGAUACCUGUGGAUGCCAGGCUGGAGUUGCGACGUAUUAGGACGCGGAUUUCUGUCCGAUGACCGCCGAGGAGAUUCAUUUCGAUUCACUAACCGAUCUCCAGCAUUGAUAUUACGCCGCAUCAGACGGUUUAUCAGCUAAGUUACAACUGAGAACAUACCGUUAAGCAAAUUAUCUAAAUCGACAUCCGCGCCAUUUGGAGGACUUUAAACAUACAAGAUCAGCAGAAGAAAGGGCAAAAAGCAUACGCACAGAACGUGUUAUGAAAUUGUUGCCAUCGAUUCAACUGCCGCAAUUACCGCCGGUUUCGGCCGGGGGUGGAAUGACGGGAAUGGACUCUCGGCUACCACCCGGUAUAUCUUUACCUUUUAGUCCUACUGAACUACUCUGGCGAUACGGUCCCGCUAUGAAUUUUCCACCGACUCACCCGCCACCAAGUCCCUUUCUCGAUUUCAAGACGCACCUACCGGCAAGUUUGGCUUCAGACCCACGGCUGUGGUCCCGGGAGGAUGUGACGACGUUUCUUCGAUGGGCCGAACGAGAAUUCGACCUACCCCAAUUCGAUAUGGACAUGUUUCAAAUGAAUGGCAAGGCGCUCUGCUUGCUGACAAAGGCGGAUUUGGGAGAAAGAUGCCCUGGCGCUGGUGACGUGUUACAUAAUGUGCUCUCGAUGCUGGCCAGAGACUUUAACCAGCUUCAGAGGUGUCUUCCCAGUAGUCCGGUCACCCCAACAAGACCUUCCGCGUACCCCCUCAGUCCUCAUUCGCAUCCACCAACCCCGACAUGGACGGAGAACCCAUACACUGCGAAUCUUGCAUCAUUAAUGUCCGCGAAUUCAGUCACGUUAUCCCCGGCACCCUCGGUCGACAGUCAAGCAGGAUCUCCAGGACAUACGGAAAGUGCACAGAGCCAGAUUUACAAAAGCGAUUCGGACGAGGAUAAUCAACAAGGAACUACCGGAAGUCCCCCAGCCACGCCCACUGCUCUUGCAGCGCAAAGGUUAAGCGAAGUUUGCGUCAAGGAUCAACCGAGUCCUACGUUAACGCAACCGAUGAUGCCUCUGACGCCCGGUGCCUUCAGAACGAACCCUGCCAACGCUGCGAGAGAAUUUUUCCCGAGCGAUUCUCCGGAACCUAAUACAAAUGGUAGACUUUUAUGGGAUUUUCUUCAACAACUUUUAAAUGAUCCCUCACAACGAUAUACACAUUACAUCGCAUGGAAAAGUCGAGAAACGGGAGUAUUCAAAAUCGUUGAUCCUCCUGGACUUGCAAGGCUCUGGGGCAUUCAAAAGAAUCAUCUUUCAAUGAAUUACGAUAAAAUGAGCAGAGCUCUUCGAUAUUAUUAUCGAGUGAAUAUUUUGCGAAAAGUCCAAGGAGAACGACACUGUUACCAAUUUCUGCGAAACCCAACAGAGUUGAAGAACAUAAAGAACAUAUCUCAGCUGCGUCAGCAAAUGCGGAUAAAGUCAGAGCCGGAAGAAGAAGGCGGAAGUGGCGUCGAGCCGGAAAUCGAUAUGCCAACAGACCUCUCGAUGUCUAGUAUGAGUCAGCCAUCCAGCGAGCAACAACAACAGCAACAACCUCUAUCUCUUCUCGAUCCACCUGUAAAAUAUAGAAGUCAUGCGUACAAUCUCGUAAAAACCAAUCAAGAAUCGGAAGAGCAAAAGUGACGUGAAACGUAGCACUAAUGUGACUGUCCGUUUUAAAUGCUGACAAGAUUAACAUAUUUUAUGUUAUGCACAUACUCGUUAUUUGAUUCGAAAUAGUCAGUUUCGAAAUAAUGCGAAGAGAUUUACUUUUAACUAUAUGUCAAGUAUAUUGACAAAAUUGUUGACAGAAUGUUCGUUUUCGGAAUAAUACAUUUCUAGAGAUAUUUUUUGCCGUUUAAGAAUCACUUAAGGUCAUCAGCGCCAUUGUUCAAAUAAUAAAGCUUGCGAGAAAGUUGUUAGGUUAUAAAUUAGUAACUAUUGUAUCAUCAACGUAUCUCCGGAAUUAAUAUAUGAUAAAAGACUGACAAA